ACAGAAGUACUCGCACAGAUUUUUUUUUCAGUUAUGUCUGAACAAACUUCCUCAGUUCUCAGCUUUGAAAUCGAAAUCCAGUUUUCGGAUUUGAUAAGCAAUUCGAAAUCUCGAUACGUAAGAAAUUUAGAGGGAAGAGAAAUGGCGGGAACGAAUCAGUUUUGUAUAUUCUGUCAGAUCAUACGCAAUCCAACCACCAACACUCGUCUCCUUCACGCCUUUCGCAGGAUGAGAAGGUGGUCGCGUUUCAAGACAUCAAGCCCGCCGCUCAGAGAACACAUACCAACAGUGAGAGACCUUCAGAGAAGAGAUGAAGACUACUCAUUGGUAACUCACAUGCUAAGUGUUGGAAAAGAAAUGUUGCAGAAUGAUGCACCUCAAACCUUACAGAGAGACACUACUUGCGAAGAUAAGGCCUCUUCAUUCAAAGGUCUAACUGAAGAACGGACUCGCCUAACUUCAUUUCUUGGUGAUUCUCUUAGUCAAAAGAAUGUGCUUCUGUAUAGUAGGAUUGAUUUAGCCCCUCAAGUUAUAAGCUCUUUUUGGAUGGAUCUACCGUUAAAUCUCAAAAACCAACUCUUUGUUUGGUUCUUGCUCUGUUUCUUUUUGGUUAAUAAGUUAUGUAUAAGACAUAUACACAAUCAACAAAUCUUCUCCCUUUCCUGA